AGUGCCCGACUCUCCGGAAGUGUCAGGCUAGCCGAGCGAGUAGCGGCUCUCUCGAGCUCUGUACCUGGAGGAUUGCAAUUCUGGGGUCCUGGUGAUAGACAGAUCACGACAGGGUUGGAGAGGGCGUCGGGGGCUGUGCGGCGGGAUGAUGGAGGAGGAGGAACUGGAGUUUGUGGAGGAGCUGGAGGCUGUGCUGCAGCUCACGCCAGAGGUGCAACUAGCCAUCGAGCAGGUAUUCCCAAGCCAGGAUCCUCUUGAUCAAGCUGACUUCAAUGCCGUUGAGUACAUCAAUACUCUGUUCCCAACAGAGCAAUCUCUGGCAAACAUUGACGAUGUUGUGAACAAGAUUAGACUGAAAAUAAGGAGACUGGAUGACAAUAUCCGCACUGUUGUAAGAGGUCAGACAAAUGUGGGACAGGAUGGAAGGCAAGCACUUGAAGAAGCCCAGAAAGCCAUUCAGCAACUCUUUGGCAAAAUCAAGGAUAUCAAAGACAAAGCAGAAAAGUCAGAACAAAUGGUGAAAGAGAUCACCCGAGAUAUUAAGCAGUUAGAUCACGCCAAGCGCCACCUGACCACCUCGAUCACAACACUGAACCACCUGCACAUGCUGGCAGGCGGGGUGGACUCCUUGGAAGCCAUGACCAGACGCAGACAGUAUGGAGAAGUUGCUAAUCUCCUUCAGGGUGUAAUGAAUGUUCUGGAGCACUUUCACAAGUACAUGGGAAUCCCACAGAUCCGACAGCUUUCUGAACGGGUGAAGGCUGCACAGACAGAGCUAGGACAGCAAAUCCUGGCUGAUUUUGAAGAAGCAUUUCCUUCACAGGGUACCAAGAGGCCAGGAGGACCCAGCAAUGUCCUGAGAGAUGCGUGCCUGGUGGCUAAUAUUUUGGACCCCAGAAUCAAACAAGAAAUCAUCAAAAAGUUUAUUAAACAGCAUCUAUCAGAGUAUCUAGUACUUUUUCAAGAAAACCAAGAUGUCGCCUGGCUGGACAAAAUUGACAGACGUUAUGCCUGGGUAAAACGCCAGCUUGUGGACUAUGAAGAGAAGUAUGGCCGGAUGUUUCCUCGUGAGUGGUGCAUGACAGAGAGAAUCUCAGUAGAAUUUUGCCAUGUGACGAGGACAGAACUUUCCAAAAUCAUGCGAGCCAGAGCUAAGGAAAUUGAGGUGAAGUUGCUUCUUUUUGCCAUUCAGAGAACAACUAACUUUGAGGGGUUUCUCGCAAAACGCUUCUCCGGUUGCACCCUGACAGAUGGAACCCUGAAAAAGCUGGAGUCCCCACCGCCAUCUACCAAUCCCUUCCUGGAAGAUGAGACAGCAGCAGAGACGGAGGAGCUGGCUCUGGAGAAGGGAGAGUUAGAGCAACCAAAGAAGCCCAAAGCCCCAGAUAAUCCAUUUCAUGGCAUUGUUUCCAAGUGUUUCGAGCCUCAUCUCUACGUGUACAUUGAGUCCCAGGACAAAAACCUCAGUGAGCUGAUAGACCGGUUUGUGGCAGACUUCAAAGCCCAGGGCCCACCUAAGCCCAACACUGAUGAAGGGGGUGCUGUACUCCCCAGCUGUGCUGACCUCUUUGUCUACUAUAAGAAGUGCAUGGUACAGUGCUCACAGCUCAGCACAGGCGAGCCCAUGAUUGCCCUAACCACCAUCUUCCAGAAGUACCUCCGAGAAUACGCCUGGAAAAUUCUCUCUGGCAACCUGCCUAAAACCAGCAGCAGCAGUGGGGGGCUGACCAUCAGCAGCCUCCUCAAAGAGAAAGAGGGCUCAGAAGUGGCCAGAUUCACUCUGGAGGAGCUGUGUCUCAUCUGCAGCAUCCUGAGCACAGCCGAGUACUGUCUGGCUACCACUCAGCAGCUAGAAGAAAAACUCAGAGAAAAGGUUGAUGUGAGUCUGACUGAGCGGAUCAACCUCACAGGAGAAAUGGACACGUUCAGCACUGUCAUCUCCAGCAGCAUCCAGCUGUUGGUUCAAGAUCUAGAUGCAGCCUGUGACCCUGCCCUGAUUGCCAUGAGCAAGAUGCCGUGGCAGAACGUGGAGCAUGUUGGUGACCAGAGCCCUUAUGUCACCUCUGUUAUUCUUCACAUAAAGCAGAAUGUCCCCAUCAUCCGUGACAACCUGGCUUCCACACGGAAAUACUUCACACAGUUCUGCAUUAAAUUUGCAAAUUCGUUCAUUCCCAAAUUCAUCACCCACCUCUUCAAGUGUAAGCCGAUCAGCAUGGUGGGAGCAGAGCAGCUUCUGCUGGACACCCACUCCCUGAAGAUGGUCCUGCUCGAUCUCCCGUCCAUUGGCUCACAGGUGGUGAGGAAGGCCCCUGCCAGUUACACUAAGAUUGUCGUGAAAGGCAUGACCCGGGCUGAAAUGAUCCUCAAGGUGGUGAUGGCCCCUCAUGAACCAUUGGUAGUAUUUGUUGACAACUACAUCAAACUCCUUACGGACUGCAACACAGAAACCUUCCAGAAAAUACUGGAUAUGAAGGGGCUGAAGAGGAGUGAGCAGAGCAGCAUGCUGGAACUUUUGCGGCAGAGGCUCCCUGCCCCACCCUCAGGGACAGAAAGUUCUAGCACACUGUCCCUGAUGGCCCCAACACCAGAGCAGGAAUCAUCACGCAUCCGAAAACUUGAAAAACUGAUUAAAAAGAGACUGUAAGGAACAUGCCGACAUUGCCAGGGUCCCUGAGCAACUGAUUGCUGGAAACCCUCGCCCUUAUGACUCCAGGUCCUAAGUCCUGAAGGCUCUGAGGACAUUACGGUUAUUAAAGUAUCUCUCCCAGAA